AGUGUCGUCACCCUCGGUUCUAGGCUGUCAUGAGACCGAGACUGGGCGUGGGUGGAGUGUGAGCCCUAGUGGAGACCUCACGCCCCUUCCCCGAACGGGCGGCAGUUGCGCCUCCAGGCCACUGAGGGGCAGCAGCGUGCGUCGGCAUCGUCCGGGACUUUUGACGUUUAGCUGUGUUGUGUCGCCGCAGUGUGACGUUGGCCGUGGUGUCGUGCAGACGUGACGCAUCGCUCGGCGGCGUUGGAAGCGCUAAGUGCGUGGUCUCAGGGUCCUCAUCAUGGUUCCUGGGUUGCCGCUCCCGCCGGAGGUCCAGCUGGCGCAGCGCCUGGCCGGCAAUGAGCAGGUGACGCGGGACCGCGCAUUGCGGAAGCUACGGAAGUACAUCAUGACCAGGUCGCAGCGGGCCACAGGGGCUUUCAAUCCAGAGGAGAUGUUGAAGAUAUGGAAAGGGCUGUUUUACUGCCUGUGGAUGCAGGACAAGCCGCUCCUGCAGGAAGAACUAGGAAGGACCAUCUCCCAGCUCAUCCAUGCUUUUCAGACCACAGAGGCACAGCACCUGUUCCUGCGGGCGUUCUGGCAGACCAUGAUCCGAGAGUGGGUGGGCAUCGACCUACUGCGCCUGGACAAGUUCUACUUGCUCAUGAGGCUGGUCCUGCAUGAGUCACUGAUGACCGUGAAAACCCGCGGAUGGGAAGAAAGACAAAUUGAGCAGCUGCUGGAGUUGCUCACUACCGAGGUACUGCACCCUGACAGCCAGGCCCCCAAUGGGGUGAAGAGCCACUUCCUUGAGAUCUUCCUGGAGGAGCUGACCAAAGUGGGCGCUGCAGAGCUCACCGCAGACCAGAAUCUGCAGUUCAUCGACCCCUUCUGCCAGAUAGCAGCCCACACGAAGGAUUCCCUAGUUCUGCAUAAGAUCACUCGGUGCAUCCUCGAGACGAUUGUGGAACAGGCUCCCUUGGCCAUUGAAGACCUAAUGGAUGAACUGGACACACAGAGUGGGGAGGGCGAAGCGUCAGAUGGUGGUGAGGAGUCAGAUGGUGGUGAGGAGUCAGAUGGUGGUGAGGAGUCAGAUGGUGGUGAGGAGUCCUCAGAGGAUGAUCAAGAUCUGCAAGACACACCACCCAAGAGGCCACAUGCAGGCUCCGUACAUAGGGCUGAACCUGAGGCAGACAAGGAGCAGGUGUGGGAUGACGAGGAAAACACUGGACCUGUCCUCCAGUUUGACUACGAGGCCAUUGCUAACAGACUGUUCACGCUUGCCAGUAGACAGAGCACCCCAUCUCAGAACAGGAAGCGCCUCUACAGAGUGAUUCAAAAGUUGCGGGUCCUGGCUGGAGGCACUUUCCCAGAUGAUGAUGUCCCUGAAAAAGCCUAUAAGAAACUGCUGGAAGGGAGGCGGGAGCGGAAGAAGAAGAGAAAGAAUCGUUUGUCCACACUGCAGCCCCAGAACGAGCAAGCUGCUUGUUCUGCAGGAGGAAGCGAGGCAGAAGCCUCAAGUUCAGACCUGAGCCCAGGGAUGAAGAGGAGCAGGAAGGAGGAUGAGAAUACUGGUCAAAGAGAGCCUCCUGUGAAGAAGAAGAAGCCUGGUGCCCGAGCAAAGGGGGCUGGUGUCCAGCAGCCAGCGAGGAAGAGGAAACAGCCCUUGCAAAGUGAGAAGUGAGGUCAUGGCCUAAGACGGCCAUCGUCCUUGUUGGCCCCUGGUUGUUGGGACAGGAUACCUAGGCAUGCCCCUGUAGCCUCUGAGUGCCCUUUAGUGCUGGCAUUCAGGAAUGCGCCUGCCUCAGAGCUAUUGCCUACAUACCAGAAACUCACUCCUAAGACUCAUAGUUUCCCCUGUACUGUGUGCACACCUAAUCCUAGCCAGAGGCCAGGGCCUCUAGAGUUUGAGUCCAGCCUGGGUCCCAGAAGCCUCUCUCCCCCAAAAUAAGAAAAACGAAACCAAAUAACUCCAUCUGUGUGGGUACUGUCACCUCUGCCCUGGGCUGACCACAAAUAAACUAUGGUCCUCA